AUGUCCGCUAUGGAAAAGGCAACAUCCAAAUCAUUCUCGCCGCCGCCACCACCAGCCGCCUCUGCAUGCGACGUGUUAAAACCACUUUCGCACAACAGCGAUUUUCCAAGCAGCGGGGCCGUGGCAGCCAGAGCCCGCGAGCAGAUGGAGAACAAUAAGAUAUCUUCCCCGGUGGUCUCCGCUGCAAUUGUUGCCACGCAGCCUCGAUCUGGAUCGGAGGGAGAUGCACCCACCGGAUCUGGAUCUGUCCAAAAACGCAACGAGUCGGUGCAGCAGAUGCGCGAGGUGGAUGAUUCUGGUGUUCGGACGUGGCGACGCCUAGUCGUUGAGUAUAGUUAG